UCCCCUUAACAACUCCACUCUCUCCCGGAAAAAUCCAUCCGUCCAUAAAACCCAAAAAGGUUAGCAGCCUCCUUUUCUCCAUCUCCCAGAUCCGCACUGUCUCUGAUGCUACCUGCGAUCUCCAGCUGCUGUUUCUUUAUUAUGUGUUCGAUCUCCACAUGUACUGCCUGCAUCGAUCGAUACGAUUCAGCGCUGUUGAUUGUUUAAUUUUGGUUCAUGUAGCUGGCCACGUACACAAUUGAUUUGAUUUUGCCUGAUUUUCUUGGAGUACCAAAUAAUCUUGGUCAGGUCGUCGUUGUUUAUGCUAGCUGCAGACGAGUGACGAGUACUACUGUUUAAUUCUCUGUGUGUUUAUGCAUCUCAGUCUCAUCAGGUUUAGUUGCAAAGCAGCGAUCAAAAGCAGGCCUAGACGACGGCGAUCCUCAGCUCAGUAGCCAGGCAGGAGAUGGAGCACGACGUGCACCACCACCACCAUCAGCAGCCGGAGGAGGCCAUGGAGCUGCCGCCGGGGUUCCGAUUCCACCCCACCGACGAGGAGCUCAUCACGCACUACCUCGCCAGGAAGGCCGCCGACCCCCGCUUCGCCCCGCGCGCCGUCGGCGUGGCCGACCUCAACAAGUGCGAGCCAUGGGACCUGCCAUAUCGGGCGACGAUGGGGGAGAAGGAGUGGUACUUCUUCUGCGUCAAGGACCGCAAGUACCCGACGGGGCUGAGGACGAACCGGGCCACCGAGUCCGGCUACUGGAAGGCGACGGGUAAGGACAGGGAGAUCUUCAGGGGCAAGGCCCUCGUCGGCUUGAAGAAGACGCUCGUCUUCUACACGGGGAGGGCUCCCAGGGGCGGCAAGACCGGCUGGGUCAUGCACGAGUACCGCCUCCAUGGCAAGCACGCCGCCGCCGCCGCCGCCGCCAGCAGCAGCAGCAGCCUCAUCCCGUCGGUCAGAGCUGGCGCGUCAAAGGACGACUGGGUGCUGUGCAGGGUGUUCAAGAAGAGCAUCGAGCCGCCGUCGUCAGUGGCCGGCGGCAGCAAGAGGUCAUCAUCAUCGGUUGCGUGCAUGGGGAUGGAGGACGUCGUGGGGCCGUCCAGGUCCAUGGCGGACGACUUCGCCGCGUCCACGCUGCCCCCGCUGAUGGACGUGUCCGGCGGCAGCGGCGGCAACAUGUCACUUUCAGCGGCGGCGGCGGCUGCGGCGUCCAUCGAGCUGACGACGCCACCGGCACCACACGUGACCUGCUUCUCCAACACGCUGGAGGGCCACUUCCUGACCCCACCAACCUGCCUCCUCCCCUCCGCCGCCGCCACCGCCUCGCCGUUCCUGGCGAGCAUGGCGCAGUACGACGGCGACGCGGGCGUGGGCGGCAUGGUGCACGAGCUCCUGCAGGAGGCCGGCGGGUGGUACAGCAAGCUGGGCGAGAGGGAGCGGCUGAGCGGCGGCGCGUCGCAGGACACCGGCGUCACCUCGGAGGUGAACCCCGCCGAGAUCUCCUCGACGCGGCACCACAUGGAUCACGAGGCCUCCUUUUGGGGCUUCUGAUGAACUCCCCCGUCUUUUCCGUUAUCGUUAAAAAAUUGGAUUAGAAUUAGUCACUGGAUUGGAAAUGGAGAUUGUAUUGUGCUAUUGAAUGAAUACUGUUAUGUGCAAAUGGGGCAAAAAAAAAAGUUGUGAACAAAGCAUAUAUGCUUGUGUAGUACUAAAUCGAUUUGGUUUUAGAGGAACUCAGCGUGUAAUUGUUAUGUGAACACUUAGAUAAUCUCGUAGCGUAUAUACUAAAACUAUUGUUUGUGUAUAAAAGCUAGAAAUGGCUA